UCCGCGGUCCGUGAAUCGCAUUGGGCUCCGAGGCGGGCGCCGUGCACGGGGUUCCCACGCCGGACCGAGCUCGUUUAAGCCUUCCGGACACCACCCCUUCCCUCCCUUCUACCUUCCCACCGCACUCACUUGGUCAGCGAGCGCAUCCUGACAUUCUCCACUGGAGGGAGAAGGGGAGAUAGAGGUGCACAUUAGGAGGAGGAGGAGGAGGAGGAGGUGGCGGAGAAGAGACGGGCAGCGGCAGAUCAGCUGGAAUCAGUCGGCAGACAGUCAGGCGGGCAGGCAGGCUGCACUCUCCUCCUCUCGGCGCCGCCAGAGCACACUGGACCGAAACCACCCGCGACCCUCCGAGGCGGAUGAACGGAGAUCUACACGAGGCUCGUGUCCAGGAGGUCCUGCGGCAGAUCGACACCUUCAAGGAAAUACAGUGACGUCCUGUAAUGGAAAUGGUGGGACUGUAAACCAGCAGUGAUCAGAAAACAAGUUCCAUGUUGCAUGUGCUGAAAUAGACCCACCUGUUCAGAGAGCCAAGAUCUUCUGGGUUUCUGACUAAUCAUGGCGAAAGCAUAUGAAUUUAAUUGGCUGAAACCGGUGCAGCAGUUUCUGCAAGAUGGAACACAGUUUGACCGAUACGAAGAGGACCCCUUUGUGUUUGAACCUAGUUGCCUUUUUAAAGUGGAUGAAUUUGGUUUCUUCCUGACAUGGAAAAGUGAAGGAAAGGAAGGCCAGGUUUUAGAAUGUUCUUUGAUCAACAGCAUUAGAACUGGAUCUGUUCCCAAGGACCCCAAAUUAAUAAGUGCAUUGGAAGCUGCUGGGAAAGUCGACAAUGACUUGGAGGGGCGCAUCGUGUGCAUCUGCAGUGGCACAGACCUGGUCAACCUCAACUUUAUUUAUAUGAUAGCAGACAGUCCCGAAACAGCUAAGCUCUGGAUGGAAGGUCUAUCAUCUGCGAUUCAUAACUUUAGAGCCAACAAUGUCUGCCCGAUGACCUGCUUAAAAAAGCAUUGGAUGAGGUUAUCAUUUUUGACCAAUAUAAAUGGCAAGAUCCCAGUCAGAAGCAUAACCAGAACAUUUGCUUCAGGAAAGACAGAAAAAGUCAUUUUUCAGGCGCUCAAAGAACUAGGGCUUCCCAGCGGAAAGAAUGAUGAGAUUGAGCAUUCAGUUUUUACUUUUGACAAAUUUUAUGCACUGACACAAAAGAUCUGCCCUCGGACUGACAUAGAAGAACUUUUUAAAAAACUCAAUGGCGACAAAACCGAUUAUUUAGAAGUAGACCAGUUAGUCAGCUUUCUGAAUGAAAAUCAACGAGACCCAAGGUUGAAUGAAAUUUUGUUUCCUUUCUACGAGCACAAAAGAGCCAUGCAAAUAAUUGAAAGUUUCGAACCAGACGUAAAUCUAAAGAGACAAGGUCGAAUGUCAAGCGACGGAUUUUGCCGAUAUCUAAUGUCAGAUGAAAACGCCCCCGUCUUCCUCGACCGCCUGGAGUUGUAUCAAGAAAUGGACCAACCUUUGGCCCACUAUUUUAUAAGUUCCUCACAUAAUACGUAUCUCAUCGGGCGACAGUUUGGAGGAAAGUCAUCCGUGGAAAUGUACCGGCAGGUUCUUUUGGCGGGAUGCAGAUGUGUGGAACUGGACUGUUGGGAUGGAAAGGGAGAAGAUCAAGAACCAAUAAUCACCCACGGGAAAGCCAUGUGCACCGAUAUUCUUUUUAAGGAUGUAAUUCAGGCCAUUGCGGAAACAGCGUUUGUAACCUCCCAGUAUCCAGUCAUUCUUUCAUUUGAAAAUCACUGCAGCAAAUCGCAGCAAUACAAAAUGGCAAAAUACUGUGAAGAGAUAUUUGGGGAUCUACUAUUAAAGCAGCCUCUGGAAGGUUUCCCAUUGGAACCCGGACAAAUUUUGCCUUCUCCAAAUGACUUGAAAAGAAAAAUUCUCAUAAAGAAUAAAAGGCUGAAAUCUGAAGUCGAGAAGAAGCAACUCGAUGCUUUUAGGAGGCUGCAAGAGGGUGGAGAAGCAGCCACACCAUCUAACAUCCUGGAAGACGAAAUUGAAGAGGAAACAGAAAACACUUGCAGCACCCCAGCCUGUGUUGACAUAGAAGAAGAAGCUCACCCAGAACUGAAGUUUGGGGAACUGUCCUCCAGUGAUUUAAGUCAAACUGAAAAUCUUCUCAGUACUGUGGAGAAAGUUACUGAAGAUGAGAUAACUGAAGCAACUGAGAUCUCAGAAGUUACAGAUGUGAUUGAAUCUGAAAGCAUCAAAAAGGCUGGAAUAUCCAUCGAAGAUGAGCAAGCAUUGAUUACGUCUUAUAAGUAUGUUGGCGCAACAACGAACAUCCAUCCAUAUCUGUCAGCAAUGAUUAAUUACGCGCAACCAGUCAAGUUUCAAAGCUUUGAUGUGGCAGAAGAUAGGAACAUCCAUUACAACAUGUCUUCUUUCAAUGAAUCGGUUGGACUGGGGUAUCUGAAGACUAACGCCAUCGAAUUUGUGAAUUAUAACAAACGACAAAUGAGUCGAAUCUACCCCAAAGGGGGCCGAGUGGAUUCCAGUAAUUACAUGCCUCAGAUCUUCUGGAACGCUGGCUGCCAGAUGGUCUCCCUGAACUACCAAACCCCAGAUUUGGCUAUGCAGCUAAACCAGGGCAAGUUUGAAUAUAAUGGAUCAUGUGGCUACUUGCUGAAGCCAGACUUCAUGCGCCGGCCAGACAGAACCUUUGACCCCUUCUCAGAAACGCCUGUCGAUGGCGUCAUUGCAGCUACUUGUAGUGUCCAGGUUUUUUCAGGUCAAUUUUUAUCUGACAAAAAGAUCGGGACAUAUGUGGAAGUAGACAUGUAUGGGUUGCCAACAGACACCAUCCGGAAAGAGUUUCGAACAAGAAUGGUGAUGAACAAUGGUCUCAAUCCGGUGUAUAACGAGGAGCCAUUUGUGUUCAGGAAGGUCAUCCUGCCAGAUCUUGCAGUUCUUCGGAUUGCCGUCUACGAUGACAACAGCAAGCUCAUUGGUCAGCGGAUCCUUCCUCUGGAUGGUCUUCAGGCAGGAUACAGACACAUCUCACUGCGAAAUGAAGGCAACAAACCUCUGUCGCUCCCGACGAUAUUUUGUAACAUUGUGCUGAAAACAUACGUUCCCGAUGGAUUUGGAGCCAUCGUCGAUGCUCUGUCCGACCCAAAGAAGUUUCUGUCAAUCACGGAAAAGAGGGCUGACCAAAUGAGAGCGAUGGGAAUAGAAACGAGUGAUAUUGCCGAUGUGCCAAAUAAUAAUUCCAAAAAUGACAAGAAAGGCAAAGUCAACCAAGUGAAAGCAAGCGUGACGCCAAAGAGCAGCUCGGAAUUGAGACAAAACUCAAAUUCUGCCCUGGGAGGCAGCAAUGACACCAAGAAAGCCCCAGCCACACUCGUACCUCAAGUGAACAUUGAGGAUUUGAAGCAAAUGAAGACGUAUCUUAAAUUACUAAAGAAACAGCAAAAAGAACUCAAUUCACUGAAGAAAAAACAAACCAAGGAUCUCAGUUCCAUGCAGAAGUCACACUGCACGCAUGUAGACAAGCUCGUCGCCCAACACGAUAAAGAAAAGCUUUAUUACGAGAAGCUGCUUGAAAAGGCAAUCAAGAAAAAGGGAGAAAUCAACUGCCUGGAAAUGAAGAAGGAAACGGAAGCCAAAAUCCAAAAACUGUCCUCAGAGCAUAAAAUAAAGGUAAAAGACAUUGUUGCUCAACAGACAAAGGAAUGGACAGACAUGCUCAACACACACAGCAAAGAGGAACAGGAACUGAGGGAACCGCAUUUGGCGCAGCAGUGGGAGCACCUCAGGAAACUCUUAGUGGCCGCACAAGAACAGCAGACCCAGCAACUCAAGCUCAUCCAUGACAGGCAGAGCAAAGAGAUGCGGGCAAAUCAGGCCAAGAGUUCCAUGGAGAACGGCAAAGCGAUCAGCCAUGAUAAAUCGAUCAAAAAUAAAGCGGAAAGGGAAAGGAGAGUCAGGGAAUUGAAUAGCAGCAAUACUAAGAAGUUCCUGGAGGAACGGAAAAGGCUGGCCAUGAAGCAAUCCAAAGAAAUGGAGCAACUUAAAAAGUCUCAACAGGAGCAACUUGAAAGUCUCGAGAAGCAAAACGAGCAGCUUUUGAAUUCACCUCAUGCAGUGUCACACAAUCAAGGCAAAGGAGAUGCAGCAGAUGGUGAAGCUGGAAGCGGAGAUGGGCCGCCGACCGGCCACAGUAGUCUGAAGCCUCCCCAAGCUCUCUGAAUCUGCCAAGAAGAAGCAGCAGCAGCAGCACUCAAUCUACCACCGCUACAUCAUGUCCAUUCUGCUCCGAUUUCUGUUCUCUUACUAGCCCGACUGGAUCGCCAGUUGUCUUGCCAGUGAGACAGCAUUUCCAACUCACCACCGCAGCUCUUUGGGUACCGAAUUUCCUUUCCAUGUUACUGACUGUUAUAAAAGGUUCAAAGGAAAACAAAAAGGUGCUGCGAUCCAACACUCCACGUAGAGAGGAGAAGACGUUUCGGUUGAUUUCUGACUUUUUGUGACCCUUUGUAGUAAGCAGGGGACAAAGUAGUAGUACUAAGGGGACUGGUUAUUCAGCCAGCGUCCAUUUUCCUUCAACUUGUGCAUCAGUUUUUAAAAGGCCGAACAGGCUGAGCAUGGUUUUAUCAAGUGAAAAUUCUUUUUAUUAUUUUUAUGACUAGAUUUGGUGACAUGUUACAUUAAGUGCCUGGCAUUACAGUGUCCUUACACUGUAAUUACUCAUUAAUUACCUGCGGUGGCUGCCGUAUACUUAAUAGGUAACUAUUGGAGUAGAAACGUUAAUUUUUUUUCCACAAACUUACAGUAUACUUACACGCUAGUCAUAUAAUAAUAAAUAAAUAGACGGGUAAUUAUACCGAUUAAUUUCAGUGUAAGUGCACUGUAACAGACACUUCUUGUAAUGCAUUGCCUUCGAUUUUCAUUAUCCAUUAGACAACGGCAUUAAAGGGAAAAUGCAAUGCUGAGCAAAGCAGGUGAUAAAUGUACAUAACGUUCACCCGGUGCUGGUUUACUUCCGAAAUCUCGUCAAAUAUUCAAACGUUUUUGUUUUGUUUUUUUGGUUUUUUUUUUGAAUCGCCAAUGGCAUUUCAAAUCUGAGGGGGCAUUUGUUUUUAUUUCUGUUUAAAUAUUUUAGAGAAUUUUAGGUGAAUUUUCUCACUUUAUUUUUUAACUAAAAAGAAAAAAACAAAGAAAUAGAGCUUUAUUUUUGGAAAUUCGUAAUUGCUUUAGGCAACAUGUGCAAAAAUGUCUCGUAAACCAGUCGACAGACUCCAUGGCCGGACGCUCAACGAAUUGUGUGACAUGUCCGAAGCACUUUAUCGAUAUUUUGGCUGUGAAGAACGUGUAGAAUUUACCCUUCCUGGUUGUGGUACAACACAAAACACAAUCUCGUUUUUACAACGUUUAACCGAUCUGUAUUCUUGUGCUGUUCGUUUGUAAUUUUAACACUUUUCAGGUUUGAAUGUUAAAGGGUAAGGGUUGUGGGAUGGGGAAAUAUGAAAUAAUUCAAUAAUAUAUAUAUAUAUAUAUAUACUCAUAUAUAGAAAUAGAUGAUUAUUUAUGGAGAAAAUGUAUAAUUCUGUUAGGGUAUCAAUUAAUAAGUUGCUGUAUUUAUUACCUCAUCACGAUGAAUUUUACGAUAUUUGAUCAAACUGCCAUUCACAAAAUGUGCAUUGUGGUGCACUUCUCAUUAGCUUAAUGCUCCCAGAUAGUUGAUAUUCCAUUUAUAUUGAAAAACAGAUUGAGGUGCAACUUCCAUGCCAUUUAAACGUAGAACAAGGCAUAGGCCGGCUCCUCAGAAGAACUACGGGUGAGGAAAACGCCCUCAACCCAUUGAUCGAACGCGCCUUCCCUGGACCCGUUCUUCAUUCGACAUGGAGAAUCCUAAUAUUUUCUUGACACUCUUACAAAGGCUCCAGUUUUUGAUGAUGAUUCUUAAAAAAAAUUUUGUCAAUUAACAUUUAAAAAAGUAAUUGUCGCAAAACUCGAUAUGGAAAUGUCCAACUAAACGACACCUUAAUUCACCAGAAGCCGCCUCGAUUGACGGAAAUGUAUGCUCAUAUUUAUCAAGGCGCCUGACUUAUUCAUAAAGAAUCUCACAAUCGUUUGUUGCCCGGGUUGAUGACUUGAGGAACGAAUGUUUAUUAUGAUGUUUACAGUUCAUUAUUUUUUUAAGUCAGGAAUGCCUUUGAAAUGGCCGAUAAACUCCGUCAUCCUGUCAGAUGGUGGCAUUCUAUGGCGGCGGGGUCGAGAUCUGGGUUAAUGUAAAGCAUUCAGAGCCACCUUCUCUUUUGUCACGUUUUCUUAGGUUGCAGCCUUGGGCUCAGAUCGUGUAAGUUUGUCAUCAGGUAACCCUCCAUUCCCCAGAAUGACAAAACAAAAGCAGGAUUUGGGUCAUUUUUGCAAAUCGCUUAAGAAUAAAAAUGGAAACACCACGAGGAUCUAAGUAUUCAGACCCUUCACUCAGAAGCCCCUUUGGCAGCAGUUCUAGCCUGGAGACUUCUUGGAUUUGACACAAUAAUCUUCUCCCAUCCGAAUUUAAGGGAUUUUCGGCGAUUCUUCUCUGCUGGUCCUCUCAGGCUCUGUCAGGUUGGAUGGACACCAUUGGUGGAUGUCUGUUUUUCUGGUUUGGCCUCAAUUCUGGGCUAUGGGUGGGCCACUCGAGAACAUUCCCAGAGUUGUCCCUAAGUCACUCCUGUGUUGUCUUUGUUUUGUUCUGUUGGAAGAUGAACCUCGGGUCCCCAGCACUCUGCAGAAGGUUUUCAUUAAGGAUAUCACCUCACUUUGCUCAGUUUAGUCUCAAAGUUCCUGCCACUGAAAAACAACCCCACAGCAUGAUGCAUCCACCACCAUUUUUCCCCGUUGGUUGGUAUGGUAUCACACAGGUGAUGAGCAGUGCCUGGUUCUUCCAGACGUGACACGUAGAACUGACGUCAAACACUUCAACCUCGGUUUCGUCAGACCAGAAACUCACAUUGCUCGUGGUCUGAGAGUCCUUUAGAUGCCGUUUUGCAAACUCCAAGUGGGUGUUCAUGUGUUGUUCAGGCAUUUGGUGGAGUGGUUGUCCUUCUGAAAGUUUCUCCCAUCUGCACAGAGGUUGUCUGGAGCUCAGCCAGACUGACCAUCAAGUUCUUGGUCACCUCUCUUAUCAAGGCUCUUCUCCCCAGAUUGUUCAACCAGUUUUAGGAACAGUUGUGCUUGUUCCAAACAUUUAAGAUUUAUGGAGGUCAAUUUGUCAAAAAAGCCCAGAGUAGUAAAGUGUUGCAGUGGUGGCUGAACUUCCAGAAGUUUCUCCCAUCUUACAAUGAUUGUCUAGAGCUCAGAGAGAGUGAGAUAGAGAGAGACUGAUCAUCAAGUUCUUGGUCACCUCUCUUACUAAGGCCCUUAUGCUCCCAGAUUGCUUAGUUUGGCCAGACAGCCAUCUCUAGCGAGAGGUGCAGUUGUCCCAGAUUUCUUCCAUUUAAGAAUUUAUGGAGGCCACUGUGCACUUGGGGAUCCUCAGUACUGCAGAGAUGUUUCGUUGCCUUCCCCUGAUCGGGGACUCUGCACAAUCCUGUCUCCAAGCUCUUCAGGCAGUUCCUUCGAUCUCAUGGCUUUGGUUUUUGCUCCACUGUGGGACCUUCUAUAGACAGGUGUGUACCUUUCCUAAUCAACCCAAUGAACUGAAUUGACCACAAGUGGACUCCAAGCAAGGUGUAGAAAUGUCUCAGUGAUGAUCAAUAGAAUGGGGAGCACCUGAGCCAUAUUUCAAAUGUCUGCAUAGUUGUGUCAAUGUCAAAUUUCAGGUUUUUAUUUUGUCAUCCCAGUGAUGUCCAGUCGAUUAAAAUGACCACUGGUGGACUCCAAGAAAGGUGUACAAACAUCUCAGUGAUGAACAAUAGAAUGAGGCGUGCCUGAGCCAAACCAAAGGGACUUGAGUACUUGACAUUUCCGCUUUUGAAUUUCAAUACAUUUGCAAAAAUUCCAAAAAAUCGUGUUUUUGGUUUGCCAUUCUGGGGUACUGAGUGUUGGUUGAUACUGGAGAAAAACUCGAUGCAGCUUAUCAAAUGAUGUCCGUCUUCGAUUCCCUGGAUCUGAGUUCGAAAUGGGGAUUGGGUGUGCGUGUAGCGCACUUGCACUGAUUCCCUCUGUUUUUUACCACAAAAGAAGGCAUUUUUUUCUUUCACUGUAUAUAAGAACACUUGCGGAAUGAGCGCCGUGUCGUAAGGGAAGGCAACGAGAAAUGAGCUUCUUUUCUAGCUUUGGGAAGUGGCAAGGAUCUUCUUACGUGAUCUGUCCGGUUAGUAGAAUAAUAUUUAGCUGUUUCUUCUUUUAUUAUUUAUUCUCCUUGGAAUAUAUUAAUUUAUAAGAAAUUAAGUUUUAAUGGAAAUACUAGCUAAUUGCAAGGGAAAAACAAGCUCUAUAUUUUAUAAACAGUAUGUUUGUAGCAUUUAACUUGGAAUUUAGGGGGCAAAGUGGUGGAUUGGUUAGUGUGUCUGCCCGACAUUGUCCAGCCACCGCUUUGCGGUACUUUGUAUAGGUUUAUCCCCAGGAACACAUCCCAAAGAUGAAGACAUUUUGUUCAUCGUUAACUGUAAAGGAACUUGGCAUCCUGCUCAGGACUGGAUCCUGCUGUGUGCCCAGUGCUGCCAGUAUAGUCACUGGUUCCACUCAGGCCUAAAAUGGAAUAAAUGGACUCGCAAAAUAAAUUGAAUUUGGGGUUUAUGGCAGAACUUCAUGACCUUUUAAAAUAAAUGGUAGUCCCCCUCCUCAACCUCCCCCCCCUCAACCACUCACCAUUUCUCCCAUUAAACUGGGUGGAGUUUUCUAGUCCAGGAGGUGUGGUCUUCUUCAUUUUAUUAUUUAGUCUUCAGGUGAUGUGCUGAUCUGUGGUGGUGAAGACAUGAUGAUAAAGACAUGGCUCACGUUUUACCGGUCCAUCUACAUCCUUGUCCUCACCUGUGGCCAUGCGCUGAGAGUAAUGGCCAAAAGAAUGAGCUUGCGAGGAAUGAGGCUUCUUCACGUGGCCACACCAUCUUAGGAUGAGAAGGUCCGAUACUCAGGAGAGCCUCACAGUACAAGUAGACUUGCUGCUCCUGCUGAUGGAGAUGAGCCGUUUGAGGCCAUGUUGGGCAUGUUGUUAGGAUGUCCCCCCAGUUUGGCUCUUACUCAACUUGCUCCGGACACAUCCAACCAGGUGGAGAACCCCCGGCAGACCCAGGACACACUGGAGAGGGAGGUCAGUCUGGCUCACUGCUGCUAAGGCUCACACCUGGAAAAGCAGCUUGAGAGGAUGAGAUGAGAUAUUAAAUCUUUACUGCGCAAAAUGAGGCACAUAUGCAGAAACAUCCAUGAAAUUCUAACACGGCAUAGAAGUCCAAAAUGGUUAUGGGACCAAAAGUUAGGGUCAGAAAUUUUAUACAUCAAAAGCCAUUACUUUCAACAUCGGGACACAGUUUCUUUUUUAUUCGACCGAAGGUAAGACUGAAGUCUGAAGUGUCAAACUGCCUUUUCAGGCCUUUAAAAUGACUCCAGUCCACCUCAGGUUUUUGGUUUUCCUCCCCCUUGAAGGGCAUUUUUUGUGUAUUUGGGAACUUUUGGACGUUUAAAGCCCUUUGGAUUUUGCGCAUCGUGGAUAUGGGAGGAAAUCAGAACACCGUCUGGGAUUAUGGGAAAUGUGUAAUGUAAACUCCACACAGACUAUGACUAGGCUGGCGACUUAAUUACGUUUUCACAUUUUUGAUGAUUUUGCCCUGUGCAGGUGGUAGAUUGGAUGAUGUUUUUGUCCUCAGUGUAAAGCUGAGUUUUCCAGUCGGUUUUGACCCAAAUUGGACCUUUAGUAAAAUUUUCAUCCGGUGAAAUUUGCCAAACAAAUGUUUUGGAUGAAGCUGCCGUAUCUGAGAUGGAGUGUAAAAAUCUGAGGCACGUGGCACAUUACACGAUUUCUAGUCAGCGAGAACAUCGGACGUAACGACUGUAGCUUCGAGAUCUCAUGCGCUCGUGGGUGUCAGAUUACAAAUUAUAUGACUUGCAUGCAGACUUGUCAGCCCAUUUCCAAAGUAUCAUGAGAUUGCCGCAUUACUAUAGCCAAUAACGUCCUGCCUGUGCCCGUACAAAGGCCUUCCUUUUCUGCUCUGUCAUUAUGCAACAAACAUGAGACAUCAGACAGAUGAGCCUCUCUUCUGUUU